GCGAAGCGAGACGGCCAAGAGACGGCAACAGCAGCAGCAGCAGGAACAAGAGCAGCACCAGCAGCAGCGACGACCAUGGGCGCCUCUGGCAGCAAGAAGGAGCUGACGGCCGAGAGCCACCCGCACCACCUCCUCCAAGACUUCCACGACCACCACAUCGCCAAGAAGACGCCCACCCCGGGCUUCUGCUGCACCUGUGGAGCCCCGCCGCCUGCCGAGAAGCCUCCCAUCGACGAGUUCAAGACGCUCAUCUUCGCCCUCAGCAAUGCCCCCGGCUGCGCCAACCUCAAGGUACGUUCGCGUGCGCAGAGGAGAGAGCAGCAACUUGAAGAGAAGGAAUGAACCCGUCGCCAUUCGUCUGUCAUCAUGUCUGUCAUGUGUUGGUUUUCUUGUGUGUGCGUGUUGCCCGCAGGGCAGGGAGGCAGCGCAACUGGUCACGGAGGACAACGUGCACCACCUGGCCUUCAUGGUGAUCGAGCGGGCGGCGGCCACUGAGAGGAGCGAGGACCGCACCACCCUCGCGACGUUCCUCGACGCCAUCGAUUCCCUACAGCCAAUCCCCUUCGCCAUCUCCAAGACCAGCGGGCUGGUGAUGAAGGCCAUCGACCACCUGUCGGAAUACGCCACCUGCAGCCCCACCGCCGACGACGUCAAGAACAGGAGGACACUGGCCAACUUGGGGGACUUUGCCGGCAAGCUCCUCGCCAAGCUGGACCAUCAUGCCGCUGCCCCCUUCACCGAACGCCUCCCCGCAAUGCUCGAGAAGGCGUGCAAGGACGGGCGACUGCUGACGGUCGUCCCCCUUGUAUGCAACAUCAUGCAGCACAUAUCGAGCAUCGGCAUUGGUGAUGACGACGUGUUGGGCAUGCUAAAGGAGAUCGUGGAGCUCCCUACCAUUCGGCUGCAGCUGGAGUUCGACAUCGUGCGGCUGUUCAAGCAGCUGGACAUCAACAUCGAGACUCUGCGGACGACGGGGCGAGUGAGGGCUAAGGCGAUGGCGGCGCCACAGGCAAGUCGUGGGGUCUCCAUCCCUCCACUCAGGUUCGUUCGUCUUUGGGGGGAUAGUGGUUCAUCGCGUAGAGGAUCUGCUGGAUCCCCAUGUGCGGAUGAUCGACUUGGCAUGCUGCGUGUGUGUGCAGCAUCGCUGCUUACAUUUUAUAUUCCGAUGGCUGUGUUGUUGGUUCCGUCGUGCUCACUCUGGUGUGGAUUAGGCAGACUGAAUGGGUAUGACUGACGGGCGCUGUGAGGGGCGUGCAGACCGAUGACAUCUGGAU